GCCGGUACCCCCGCCAAAUCCGGCUGCUGGAAACCCAAGCUUCGAUGGGAAACCGGCUAUGCCUCCACCGCCGGGAACGGACAUGACCGGAAUCUGCUUCAAGUACCAGCUGUGGCUGCAAUCGUACCCUCUCGAUCGCAACCUCGUCUUCGAUUACUUCGCUCUCUCUCCCUUCUACGACUGGACAUGCAACAACGAGCAGCUCCGGAUGCGAUCCAUCCAUCCCUCAACGAUAGACUGAGGAGGACAGCGGGAGUUCAAAGGAGGGAUUUUGCGGAAACGGAUUGGCUGGUGUACCUCCAGCUAUAUAGCUGCUGUAUUUACGUCAGCAAGUUCUGUGGGUAUGAUCAUGAGGAUAGUUUUCAACAGAAAGAAUACCAGAGAUGGAGGGUCAUGAUGCAAGCAAGUACACCAUGGGGGUUGCUGGGGCCCCUCCAUUGGUUGGAGAAUCUGCAGACAUGAAGCUGGACCAGAAGAUGAUGUCUGAGGCGUUGGUGAUUGUUAUCGUGAUCGCUGCCAUUGGGAUUGUCACAGGUCUCCCCGUCGGCCUCCCUCACCAUGAAUUCUUCUCCAUUGCCUAUGCUGUGGCGAAUUUCGCCACUUUCACAUUGGGGAUGGGACUUCUUGUGCUCUUCAUCGUAUUUCCGCAGGUGCCUGUAUCAGUCCUCAUGGCAAAGAAGCUGGAUUGUGUAGCUGCUGGACUGGGUCGUCUUUCACUCAGCCUUAAGAGCAAGUUCAUCACAGUGAGGGUUGCAGGGGCCCCUCCAUUGGUUGGAGAAUCAGCAGACAUGAAGCUGGCCCAGAAGAUGAUGUCUGAGAUGUUGGUAAUUGUUAUUGUGGUUGCUGCGGUUGGGAUUGUCACAGGUCUCCCUGUUGGCCUCCCUUACCAUGAAUUCCUCUCCAUUGCUUAUGCUGCGGCGAAUUUCGCCAUUUUCACAUUGGGGAUGGGACUUCUUGUGCUCUUCAUCCUAUUUCCUCAGGUGCCUUUAUCAGUCUUUGUAGCAAAGAAGUUAGUUGGUGUGGCUGCUGGACUGGAUCACCUUUCACUCAGCCUUAAGAGCAAGUUCAUCACCAUGAGGGCUGCUGGGGCCCCUGCAUUGGUUGGAGAGGCCCAGAAGGGGAUGUUCAUGGUGCCGUUCCUUGUUAUUAUGGCUGCUGCCAUUGGGAUUGUUUCAGAUCUCCCUGUUGGCCUCCCUCACCAUGAAAUCCUCUCCAUUGCUUAUGCUGUAGCCAAUUUCAUCACUUUCACAUUGGGGAUGGCCUUUCUUUUCCACUACAUUCUAUUUCCACAGGUGCCCCUAUCAUUCAUUGUGGCUGCUAGGGCCCUUCCAUGGGAUGGAGAAUUAGCAGAUGUGAAGCCGGUCCAGAAGAGGAUGUUCAAGGUCUCUUUCCUUGCUAUUACCAUUGCUUCCAUUGUGAUUGUUGCAGAUCUCCCUGUCAACCUCCCUCACCACGAACUCCUCUCGAUUGUCUACACUUUAGCCAUUUUUGCCACUUUCGCAUUCGGCGUGGCACUUCUUAUGCUCUCCAUCCUAUUUCCGCCAUUGCCCAUAUCGGUUGUUGCGGCAAAGAAGCUGAUUUGGGUUGCUCUUGGACUGGUUUACCUUUCGCUUGGCCUUGGAAUGGCUAUCCAUGCCAUUUCACUCGGCCUCCCUUGUUAGUUUAUCUAUGUUGCCCCUUAUUAGCUUAUACAUAUGUUGUCCUUCUAACAACCAUAAAAGAUUCAUACACGUGAGCUUGUAUUAUUUCUACAUUUGUACAUUUCUCAGUACUUUAAAUUGAUGGAAAAUGAGGAGAAAAGAAUCAUCCCAAAAUGAUUCUAAAUUCUCUGAUUUCCAUCCUGUUGCUGCUCUUGAUCAUAGUUCCUUUAUCAUGGUUGAUUGUUCUUUGUGUA